CUCCAUCCUAUUUCAGAUACGUCAGUGUUUGGCCCAGAGACUGCCAGAAAGGGAGUAGACGAUCGCGGGAAGCGUAAAGAGAGGCGGUAGUGCUUUCCCGCCCAAAUUCACUUGAGAAAGAGCUUCGUGUCGGUGAUAUCAUCGGGGGGAUCGCAGCGCAACAUGUCACGAUCCAACGUUGUCAUCCUCGACAACGGCACUGGGUUCUCCAAAAUCGGGUUCGCUGGCAAUUCAGAGCCUUCCUUUGUCUUUCCGACUGCGAUUGCCACGCGGACGAGCAGUGCCAGCGCCGCGUCCACAGCGUCCCGACACUCGGUACCCACCAAGUCGACUGCGUCUGCCGCAAGUUCAUCGCUGGCAUCCAAAAGAGGGAUCGAGGAUCUCGAUUUUUACAUCGGUGAUGAAGCGUACGCGAAUGCGAAAAGCUAUCAGGUCGACCAGCCGAUCAAGCAUGGCCUGAUUGAGAACUGGGAUCACAUGGAGCGAUACUGGGAGCAAUGCAUCUUCAAAUACUUGCGAGCAGAGCCAGAGGAUCAUUACUUUAUGCUCACGGAACCUCCUCUGAAUCCUCCGGAGAACCGCGAGAACACAGCAGAGAUCAUGUUCGAGUCUUUCAAUGUCAAAGGCUUGUACAUCGCUGUCCAAGCUGUACUUGCGCUUGCGGCCAGUUGGAGUAGUAACAAGGUCACAGACAGAACAUUGACGGGAACAGUCAUUGACAGUGGUGAUGGCGUCACCCAUGUUAUCCCAGUUGCCGAAGGAUAUGUCAUCGGAAGCGCGAUCAAGCACAUCCCCAUCGCUGGACGUGAUAUCACAUACUUUGUGCAACAGCUCCUCAGAGAGAGAGGGGAGGCAGCCAAUAUACCGCCAGAAGAUAGCCGCCGCGUCGCCGAGAGGAUCAAGGAGGAUUACAGCUACGUGUGCCAAGAUAUUGUGCGAGAGUUCCGGCGGUAUGAUGAGGAUCCGCUGAAGUACUUUGAGCGGUUCGAAGGCGAACAUGCCGUCACUGGAAGGAAAUACAGUGUCGAUGUGGGCUACGAGCGCUUCUUGGCACCUGAGAUCUUCUUCAACCCGGAAAUCGCCUCGUCAGAUUUCCUCACGCCCCUACCAGAAGUUGUUGAUGGUGUGAUUCAGCAGAGUCCGAUCGAUGUCCGGAGAGGUCUUUACAAGAACAUCGUACUCUCAGGCGGAUCUACCAUGUUUCAACACUUCGGCUCGCGUUUACGAAAGGAUCUUCGUGCUAUCGUCGAUCAGAGACUCGCAGCAUCUGAGGUGGCUAGCGGUAGCUUGAUGCGGUCUUCAGGAAUGGAAGUCAAUGUCAUCUCUCACAAGAUGCAGCGUUACGCAGUUUGGUAUGGAGGCUCCCUUCUUGGGUCACUACCCGAUUUUUACAACUACUGCCACUCAAAGGAAGACUAUGAGGAGCACGGCCCGAGCAUCGUCCGCAAGUUCAGUGUGUUCGGCGGCGUGUAAAGGAAAAGCAUUACACUUGUCAAUUGCAUUCGCUUGGAAACCUUA